AAAAAUAGAAAAAAGUCGGAAGAUUGAAGGUCCAGUUUCUCGGCAAGAUACCGGAACCCUAGCUUGGAGAUGGCGGCGAUCAGCCUCAGGAAGGGGAACACACGGCUGCCGCCGGAGGUGAACAGAGUGCUCUACGUGCGAAACCUUCCAUUCAACAUAUCGAGCGAGGAGAUGUACGAUAUAUUUGGCAAAUACGGCGCGAUUCGCCAGAUCCGGAUCGGGACGAGCAAGGAGACCCGUGGCACCGCCUUUGUUGUCUACGAAGACAUCUACGAUGCAAAGACUGCCGUAGAUCAUCUCUCCGGCUUCAACGUCGCGAACCGAUAUCUUAUCGUGCUUUACUAUCAGCAGUCCAAGAUUAGCAAGAAGGUCGAUCUGAAGAAGAAGGAGGAUGAGCUCGCCCGCAUGCAAGAGAAAUAUGGAAUCUCCACUUCUAAAGAUAAGUAGCUUAAAGAUCCAUGUUAUGUCGAAACCAUCAUCAAGCUUAUUGUUUGUGGAUUUUGGUUCUCCCAAACUGCGCUCAAUUAUAUGUUAUUGUGUUCAAAUGUUUGAAUGAUAACGGCCCGUAUUUUCCUUUGUGCGGCUAAUUUAUCAUCGCUGUAAUUGAUCUCUUGUUUUUUGUUCAUAUUUAGCUUUUAGAUGCCGGCUUGGUAGAUUUGAA